AUGUUGGACACCAUGCUGAAGAACGGAUGGAAGGGGGGAUCGGAGCGAAGGGCGGAGGAGGGCAGCAGCACAGUUUCAGCUCAAAACAUGCUUUGGUGCCACUGCAACCACCACUGCCCUGACAAAUCAGUCAACAACACUUGCAUGACUAAUGGUUACUGCUUCACCAUGGUGGAGGAGGAGGAGGGCGGUGUGGCUGUGCUCACUUCAGGUUGUUUAGCAAUGGGUGGCUCCGAGUUCCAGUGCAGAGACACAGGGAUUUCACGUUUCAGGAGAACUAUCGAGUGUUGCACAGAUCAGGACUAUUGCAACAGGGACUUACAUCCCACUCUUCCUCCAAUCAUGACAUCAGAUUAUGUGGACAGCAGUAUCCAGUACAUGGCUCUCUUCAUCACAGUCACAGUCUGCAGCAUCAUCCUCGGUCUCAUCCUCGUCUUCUGCUAUGUCAGAUAUAAGCGGCAGGAGUCACAGCCACGCUACAGUAUUGAUCUGGAGCAGGAUGAGACCUACAUCCCCCCUGGGGAGUCUCUGAAGGACAUGAUAGAGCAUUCCCGGAGCAUUGGGUCUGGCUCUGGGUCAGGACUCCCUCUACUGGUGCAGCGAACCAUCGCCAAGCAGAUUCAGAUGGUUAAGCAGAUCGGGAAAGGGCGAUACGGAGAGGUGUGGAUGGGCAGAUGGAGAGGAGAGAGAGUGGCCGUCAAAGUCUUCUUCACCACGGAGGAAGAGAGCUGGUUCAGAGAGACUGAAAUUUACCAGACUUUCCUGAUGAGGCAUGACAACAUACUCGGAUUCAUAGCAGCCGAUAUUAAAGGAACCGGCUCGUGGACUCAGCUCUACCUGAUCACAGACUAUCAUGAGAAUGGAUCCUUAUAUGACUACCUCAAGUCCAACACCUUAGACGUCAAGUCUCUGCUGAAACUGGCCUACUCCUCCAUAUCAGGCCUCUGUCACCUGCACACUGAGAUCUACGGCACACAGGGCAAACCGGCCAUCGCGCACAGAGACCUGAAGAGUAAAAACAUCCUGGUCAAAAAGAACGGAUCUUGUUGUAUAGCAGACCUUGGGCUGGCUGUCAAGUUUAACAGUGACACUAAUGAGGUGGAUAUCCCUCCCAAUCUGCGCGUUGGUACCAAGCGCUACAUGCCACCUGAAGUGCUGGAUGAGACCCUGAACAGGACCUACUUCCAGUCUUUUAUAAUGGCUGACAUGUAUAGUUUUGGUCUCAUCAUUUGGGAGAUGGCGCGACGUUGCAUCUCUGGAGGCAUCGUGGAGGAGUAUCAGCUGCCUUAUCACGACCUUGUGCCCACUGAUCCUUCCUAUGAGGACAUGAGAGAAGUUGUCUGCAUUAAGAAACAAAGACCUUCAUUUGCUAAUCGUUGGAGCAGUGAUGAGUGUCUGCGACAGAUGGGGAAACUGAUGUCCGAGUGCUGGGCUCACAACCCGGCCUCUCGCCUCACAGCUCUGAGGGUGAAGAAGACCCUGGCGAAGAUGUUAGAGUCCCAAGACAUCAAAAUGUGACAGAGCGUCAAGAGAGAUGCUCUCAUCACCUAGAGACUUGUCACUGCCAACGGCACAGCGCCACUUACACUGGCCAAUAGAAGAAAGGGAAAAAAUAAGAGUCUGUGAAUGAUAGGACAAAGGAAACUGACAGGGAGGAUGAGUGAUGGACGUAAUGGUGGACAGGGAGCCAGAAAAAUGAGAGGCAGAAGAUUUAUUAUGUCUGGGGAAAUCUGACCUCCCAUUGUCUUAGUCACCUCUGCCUCAGACAAAGCGUUCAGGUCGUGCUUUCUGUGAAAGCUGAGUGGUUGUCGGGUCCAGACUGUCCAGGUGGGCAGGCAGACAGGGACCCUCGCAGGAGAGGAGGACUGAAACCCCUCUGAUCAGUUCAGUACAGAGGAGGCUCCUGGUCUGCCCUUCGAAAGCCAUAUAGCAGUAUUCCAUGUGCAGUCUUUUGUACCGUCACAGCUGCCUUCAUGUUUUGUUUUGUUUUGUUUUUUUGACUCAGUCACUGCAUGCUGUAAUAUCUUAGCAGACUGUAAACUGUCUUUCAGUUCACUGUCAAUUCCAUUAAUUGUGACUGUCAUCCAUCCAAAGAAAUGUCUAAUUCAUGCCCAGUGACCUCAAAGAUGUAAUUAUUAUUAUUAUUACUAUUGUUAUUAUUAUUAAUAUUAUUACAGAACAAAGCAGAGAAA